AUGUCGUCAGAAUAUUAUAGCUAUCACACUCGACUUGGGAGCCAGCAAGAUGAUAUUUGGGCUCCCUUCGUAUCCAAGCUCGAUUGGGAGGUCGCAAGGUGGGCGAAGCUGCGUGGGCCCGGCUCCACCGCUUUGACUGAGCUGUUGAAAAUAGAGGGUGUCUACGAGGCGCUGGGGUUAUCGUUCAAAACCGCGGAUGAGCUCAAUAAGAAGAUAGACUCACUGCCAAGCCGUCGCCCUCGCUUCCGGCGUGAGGAGCUCCUGCUUGGCGGCGAAGUCUUCGAAGUAUACUAUCGCGACGUUAUUGAAUGCAUCCGAGCGCUCUACGGCGAUCCGGAAUUCUCGCAACAUCUUGUGUUUGUACCUGAAUGCCAUUACACCGAUGAGAAUUGUACCAACCGUAUGUAUUUCGACAUGCAUACCGGUAAAUGGUGGUGGAAUACACAGAAAGCUGUCGAAGCAAACAUGCCAGGUGCCACCAUCAUACCUGUCAUUAUUUCCACCGAUAAGACCCAAGUGACUCUUUUCGGCAACAAGUCUGCGUACCCAAUUUACAUGACUAUCGGGAACCUCCCAAAAGAGAUCCGCCGUAAGCCGUCAAGGGGCGGGCAUGUUCUCCUCGGUUAUCUCCCUACUACCCGCCUUGAUCACCUCACUAAUAAGGCUGCUCGACGUCGUGCCCUCGCAAACCUGUUCCAUUCUUGUGUGCGCCGGAUUCUGCAGCCAUUGAAGACAGCGGGGCAGGAAGGACUUGCCAUGGUUAGCGGUGACGGUGUCUGUCAACGAUGCCAUCCGAUUUUUGCUGCCUUCGUGGGCGAUUACCCCGAACAGCUGCUUGUUGCUGCGGUCAAGACAGGUGAAUGUCCGAAGUGCCCUGUUCCUCAUGAUGAAUUGGGCGACUAUGAUGAAGAUGCGGAGUACACUCUACGGGAUAUGGAGCAAGUUCUUGAUGCUCUGGCUACCUUAUCGGAUGGUGCGGCAACAUUUGUCAACUCAUGCAAGCUUGCAGGUAUUAAACCUAUCCAGAACCCGUUCUGGGAGGAGUUCCCAUACGUCAAUAUAUACCAAUCCAUCACCCCGGAUAUCUUACAUCAGUUAUAUCAAGGAGUUAUCAAGCACGUCAUCUCUUGGGUUACGAAGGCCUGCGGUGCGGCUGAGGUUGACGCCCGUUGUCGACGCUUCCCUCCGAAUCACGGUAUCCGCAUCUUUGCCAAGGGAAUUAGUUCCCUCAGUCGAGUUACCGGACGUGAGCAUGCACAGAUGUGCCAGGUGCUCCUCGGACUUGUCAUGGAUGUACAGCUACCACGUCGCGGUGCGUCUGCGAGGCUUGUGAGGGCUGUCCGAGCACUUCUCGACUUCUUGUACCUUGCGCAAUACCCCGUCCAUACCAAUGAGACUCUUGAUGUGAUGCGAGAGGCUCUCCGUCGUUUCCACAAUGACAAGGACAUCUUUGUUGAGCUUGAGAUUCGGGAGCAGUUCAAUAUCCCCAAGCUACAUGCACUCCUCCACUAUUUCAUGUCCAUUGAGCUGUUUGGAACAACAGAUAACUACAACACGGAGUACACCGAACGCCUCCACAUUGACUUCGCGAAGGAUGCUUACCGUGCGACAAACCAUAAAGACGAAUACCCACAAAUGACAAUCUGGCUUGAGUGUCGCGAAAAGGUCUCUCAUCAUACGCAAUAUGUGGCAUGGCGUCUCGCAGACUCUCCCCUACCUGCUCAGGCUCCAAAGGUCCCUAUUCGAACGAAUACUACACACAUUCGUAUGGCACGGCACCCCACGCUGAAGGCGGUACCCCUUAUGCGGAUGCGCAAGGAUUACGGUGCGCGGUUCUUCGUGGAUGCUUUCGCGCGUUUCGUAGCCCAGUACAACCAUCCAUCAUUCACCCCCACACAAGUUGAGGAUGCUGCGGGAGAUGUCUUCCUUCCAUUCCAGACGUUGCCCGUAUUCCACAUGAUCAAGUUUACCAACGAGGACCUACUACGUGUUGGAUCAGCAGUCGAAACCCUGGAUGCCGUUCAUGUCCGACCCGCAAAGUCAGAUCCUCGCGGGCGGCCGGUGCCUGCACGCUUUGAUACUGUAUUAGUGAACCUUGGCUCGGGAAAAGAGUUGGGGCUCACAGGCUACCGUGUUGCUCAAGUCCGAGUAGUCUUCACUCUCCCGCCUCGAGCCAUCGCUGCGUUGUUCCCUCGCCGACAGCCACCAAAGCACCUCGCAUACGUCGAAUGGUUUACACCUUUCAGCAGGUCACCAGAACCGAAUAGUCGGCUGAACAAAGUGUCACGAUCUGUUCGAAACAGUGAUCGCCUCGCCAGUGUCAUUCCCGUGUUGCAGAUACGUCGGAGUGUCCACUUGUAUCCUAAAUGGGGUCCAAGCGUGCCACGAGAUUGGUCUUCGAGUACGGUCUUGGAUGAUGCGGUGGUAUUUUAUGUCAAUCCCUUUGUGGACCGGCAUAGCUACAUAACACAGUUCUAA